UGUAUGGUGACAGAGGUUGGCUGUUGUUAUCUGGCUUCAGCUCUGAGGUCAACUUCACACCUGAAAGAGCUGGAUUUGAGCUACAAUUACCCAGGAGAAUCAGGAGUCAAGCUGCUCUCUGACAGACACAGUGAUCCAAAAUGCACAUUGGAAAAACUCAAUGUGGACCAUAACGAAGUCUUCAGAAUCACACCAGGACUACAAAAAUAUUUUUGUGAUCUCACACUGGAUCCAAACACAGCACACACUAGCCUCUUAAUGUCUGAAAACAGAACGGUGACACACGUGAAAGACGAGCAAGCAUAUCCUGAUCAUCCAGAGAGGUUUGAGCACUAUGAGCAGGUUAUGUGUAAAGAAAGUCUGACUGGACGCUGUUACUGGGAGACUGAAUUCAAUGGCAAUGGUCAUGUAGCAGUUACAUACAAAAAAGUCAGUAGAAAAGAAGGGAUUGAUUGUCUGUUUGGUCUCAAUGAACAUUCUUGGUGUCUAUUCUGGAUUAACAGAGGUAAUGUUUGUACUGCCUGGCACGAUAAUAAGAACACUGAUGUAUCUGUCCCAUCUCUGUCUAAAAGAGUAGGAGCGUAUCUGGAUUGGCCAGCUGGCACUCUGUCCUUCUACAGCGUCUCUGACACACACACACUCACACACUUAUACACGUUCAACACCACAUUCACUGAACCACUAUAUGCUGGAUUCAGGCUUUAUCCUAGAGCCUCAGUAUCUCUGUGUCAGAUCGAAAAAUCUCUGGUAAGAAAUAAUCUAGAAAAUGAUUCACUCUAGACAGCUGUAUUAUAUAUAUGGAUGUUUUUCUAAACCUUUUUGGAAGUGUUGUAAAGUCUAUAGUGAAGAGGUGACAGGAAGUAACAGGAAUGAGGAAAGGUUUUUUUCUAUAUAUCUGACACUUAAUAUUUGGCAAUAUAAAUGGACUGUACAGACACUAUAGGAGCUGUAUGAUGACGUCACUGUUUUUUACGGAGCUUUACAGCUGAAUUGAAUUAAUUUUAUGAAUGAUGAU